CAAUGCGCGCGCAUGUCUCUCUGCUAUCUCUCCGUCCGUCCAGCAAUGACCUGGACGCGUGCGACCGGCGCUUCCAUUGGGUUGUUCCCUUCCGUCGUUGGUCAGUCAUCGCCAGUCAUGAGACCUCCCUCUGGCUCAUCCUCCCUCCAACUGCCCAAUCCCCAAUCCCAUCCUCCAUUGCAUUGUCGCCUCCCUCGCUGCCCAGAAAACGUGGCUGCCUGCUGUCCUCUUGCCAGACGCUUCUUCACUCACCGAGCUCCCACUUUCUCGUACCUGCCUGCUUGCUGGAGUAAGUCUCAUCGCUCCUCCCUUCGGUUCUUUCUCCUCCUCCCACCACCACCAUCAUCAUCCGCAUCAUCAAGUCAUCUGCGUGUUUCAACCGUCUCAGCUGCGCGCUUGAUUGGAAUAUUCCACGACCUCCCAGUCAUCCGACGACCUUCUUCCCGCAUAUUACCACCUCCGUCCGCUUCCGUUCCAGCUCAUCCCAUCCCACUCUCUCCGCCGUUUUGCGUUCGCAAUCGCGGAGUUAAGAUCGUUCCGUUCCCCAGAUUCCUGGCAUAUCGCCCAAACGCAUGCGCCACACUAGCACUCGCGUCCAUACUUAACCAUCUAUCCUCGCCACUGGCUCUCCAUUCUUCCUACAACACAUCCCACGCACCGGCCAUGGAGGCCACAACAUCGUCCAAUACGAACAAGAGGUCCACGACUAUGGGUCCAGCACAUCUUAUGACCCCGGAAUCGCCGCUAUUGGACAGCUUCAAUACCAUUGCUGCUGUUGUUCAGCCCAAACAUCAGCCAUCUGUCCCAUCGCCGCCCGCCUCACCGACAUUGCACUCCUUCGCCGGACAGUACGACCAACAACUCUACCCCGACAACAACAACACGAGUGCAGCUUCAACUCUCCCAACCCCAGAAGCAUCUCAUCCAGAUCGCGACAUCUACGACCGAAGUGUCCUUCGCUCACUCGGACGCCCUUCGCGGGUGGAGAAGCCGAGAACGACUGGCCGCUUGGUGACAAAGACAAAGCCAGCAAAGCCGACAUCAACCAGAACAGCACCGACCAGAGCGAUCGUACCAGCGAGCGAAAGUCCGUCGAACAUUCCACCACUUACCAUUGUUAGGGAAACUCCAGCCCGCAGGAUUCGUAAGCGAACGGCAACUCCGGAUGUGGACGGCCCAUCUGGAGCAUCCAAGCGUACACGAGCCGCACCAUCCAAGAAGCUCGAUGGCAAGGCUCCCUCACAAUGGGCGGAGCUCGAAGACUUCUGCCCUCCAAUCAGCUCUCUCGACCGCAUGGAACAGGAGGAGCUCAACGUCAAUUGGACCAACAGUAGCGCGUUGAACCUCGACAAUGACCCUGAUCGACUUCACCUCCAUCCUCAAGAGCUGAAGGUCGCCUCCAAGUUGAGACUGCACGGCAACGAGUAUCUGCUCAACAAGCGACGCAUCUUCGCUGCCAAACUCAAAUCUCUACAAGAAGGCACAGCCUUCAACAAGACCUCAGCACAGAACGCCACCAGCGUCGACGUCAACAAAGCCAGCCGUCUCUGGUCAGCAUUUGACAGCGUCGGGUGGUUUGAUGAGGCAUGGUUCAAACAAUGGCUCUAAAUGCCAGCAUUUCACAUUUUCGGCUGCAUCGCAUGUUCAAGGCUACGACCUGAUCACGACAUUUCAUUUUCACUCUCGGCUCACCUCUGCAUGCCUUCACGUAUUGGAU